CGUACGGAGAAAGCAAAAAGGAAUCAAGCUGGCAAACCGAUUUGAAGCCUUUGAUUCAGGCAACACCCUUUGGAUUACGACACCUGUUUCACUGUUGUUAAGGGUUUUAGCUCAGUUGUAUAAAUAGAAGUAGCAAGAGCAAUGUAAAACCCUUAAGCUCCAAAGUUAAAUUCAUGAUCUUCACUUAAAGUUCCCUCCUUUUCCUUCACUCUGGAGUCUGUCUGCAAUGGUGAGUGAAGCUGAUGAUAACAAGUUCACUUGGGUGAUUAAGGAUUUCUCCUCUUUGCAAUCUCGUAAGAUCUACUCUGAUGAAUUUUUGAUUGGUGGAUGCAAAUGGUGUCUUAUUGCUUAUCCAAAGGGAUCUAAAGUUGAUAGCUUGUCUCUGUAUCUUGGAGUAGCCGACCAUGAAUCAUUGCCACUUGGAUGGACCAGGAACGCAAAAUUUUCACUCAAAGUGGUAAAUCAAUUUUCAGACAAGUCCUCCAUACUUCGAGAAGCAACCGAUUGGUAUAAUCACAAGACUCCCUCUUUUGGUUUUACCAAGUUUCUUCCACUUGCCAAACUUCAUUCCAAGGACGGUGGGUUUCUUGUGAAUGAUGAGCUCAAGAUUGUUGCCGAGGAACAUGUUCUUCAAGGUAUCCGCGAAUCAGAGGGAUCUCAAGAGGCAGUCCAACCUAUGAAAAAAACUAAGAUGAAUGGUUAUGGUACUCGAGUGGGAAACGAAACCUUUGACGUCAAUGGGUUUCAAGUCUCUACAUCACAAGUAGCAUAUGUGAGGUGUAUAUUUGAGAAACACCCAGACUUUGCAUCAAACGUCCGUUCAAAUAAUCAGCAUCUGAAGUCGACAUACAUGAAUGUUCUCCUUGAACUAAUUGAAACACUCUGCCAGUUGCCUGAGAAGCUCUCUGAUGAUGAUUUGGCUGAAGCAUCGGCUGCAGUUCUAUACUUAUCGCAGGUUGGGUUCAAAGUGGAUUGGUUGGAGAAGAAGCUCGAGGAGGUAAAGGAAAAGAAGAAGAAGAUGUACACUGGCAAGGCUCAGCUGCAACGCAUGGAGGAAGAGUUGAAAAAUCUCACUAAGAAAUGCUCAGACCUGGAAGAUCUUGUGAAGAAGCAGAAUGUUGCUCUCUCGCUCAAUGAUGUGGUUUGAUGUUUCAUGACUUGUCAUAAACUAACUUGUAGUUUGCUAUUUUUUACUUGGUAAGCUGGUGUUCUGGUCGUGUGUCUUGACUCUGAAAUGAUGGUCUUCUACUCUUUCUUUGAACGCUUUUGAGAUAAAAGAAUCUUAUUACCGGAG